GUCGCCUGCAGAUCCCCGGAUCCCCGUAGGCAGCAUCUGGUCUUUGUCCGGCCCUCCUCCGCACGCACUGGAACAUUUGAAGUGGUCUUUCGUCCCCGGCUUCCCACAGAGAGUGUUCUGGGUUCUCACGGCUUACCAGGAUUGACACUGUAGUGCGCGAAACUAAGUUCAACACUAAAGGAGAUGGCCGCACCCUUUUCUAAAGUGGAGAAUUUUCCUCAAAAACUAGUCUUCUAGUGGCUGGAAGAAGGAUGAAAAUGGGGACAAGGAGGUCUGGGAUUGUACAGGAGAGGGAGGACGGCUUUCUCAAGAGACUCCUGGAGACGUGGCCCCCGGAACUCCCCACCCGGUUCCCCGGGCUCGGCUUCUCCUCGCGGGUCCCUGGCGCCCCCUGGCGGCGAGCUCCUGGACGGCUCCGCAGAGACACUCCCUCAGUGUUUGGGUGGAGCCGUACUCCUUUCCCUGCGCCUCCAGGGGACACUCGGGCGCAUGCGCGCCCUCCAGCCGCGCGCUAUCUGCGCGGGAGCCGCCUGGAGGUUGGGAACCAGAGGUGCUGAUUGGUGCGUUCCAAAGUCCGCGGAAGUGCCUGCCUACGGGACAGACUGGUAGGCAUUCAAACGCCGGUCACCGCUCAUUGGGCCUGGGCGCAGAGGGCGGGUCCCAGCCCGAGCCCUGAUUGGUCGCUGGGUCCGGCUUGCCCGGGCGGGCGAUCCGAGGCUGCCUGGUGCUGGCUGCAUGGGGCGGCGGAGGCACCGGGUGGAAGGAGCGGCCAGGGCCCUUCCUGAAGCUAUCGCUGCGUUGAGUCGGUCCCUGCCCGCUGGGCCCAGCCCUGAAAUCUUCCGCCGCGCGAAGUUUAACCGUCCAGAGGCGGCUCCAGUGCUUUGGCAGCUUCUCUUACGCGUGCUCUCACCGCUUGCUGCUAAAGAUACCUUGACCGACCUUGCUCCAGAGGCUCAAGCCCGUGUGGUGAAGUCAGCACUGGACUCCCAGGGCUACCCCAGGUCUGCACUGGUACAGUUUCCUGAGGGCAGUUCUCAGAGAAGCCGGGAACUGCUGCUGGCCCUGUCUUGGCUUCUGGCACAAGGACCCUUCCUUGAGCAGCUGCUUGCCCAGACCCGUGUGCAGUUGGGUGAUCAGCUGCCCCAGUGUGAGUGUGAGGCCCUGGCCAUCCCUGGCCCUCUUGCACCCCGUGUGGAAACAGAGAGUCCGGUGGAUCUCCGACUAGUGGAAUGGCUGAUGGGAAAGCUGCGGUUUAGGUGGCGACGCCUGAUCUCCAGUCAGCAGGAACAGUGUACCCUGCUCAGCAAGAUCCACCUGUACACCCGUGGAUGUCACAGCCAGCGGAACCUUGACCAUCUUUCUGUUGCUGAAACAGAGAUGCUCAGAGACCCAGAGAGCAGUCAGCAGCUUCUGCAGGCGCUGGAGAGUGAGAACAUACGCCUGGGGGCAGCUCUGGAGUGGCGGCAGUGUGAGCUGGUCUUCUGGCAGUGGAUGGAUACAGUUCUGGAUGCCUGCUUGUCGGAGACUCCUGCUGUGACCUCACAGCCCACAGUUCUGCCCAUGAUUUCUGAAUGUGGGCUUGGUGAGCUGGAGUUGGUAAAACAAGAGUUGCAGGCCCUGCAGGAGGAGCUACGGGAAGUGGCUGAGCCCCGGAGGGCGGCAUGGGAAGCCCAGGUUGGAGGCCUAGGUCAGGGGCCAGAGUGGAGCACCACAAGGAGGGCCUUGCAGGAGGCUGUCAAACAGGAGUUGAUUGCCCUGCAGGUAUCCUGGGAGCCAUCCAGUGACCCUACCCAGCCCCAGAGACCCCAUCGGCUGGUGAGAAGUAAGGAUCAGUCACCAGGACCUCAAGGCCUACAGGCAGCUGAGAUGAUCAGGACCCUGAGCACCCAGGAGGCCGGUCUGAAAAAGGUGCUGCACCAGCUACAGAGCCAGUGUCAGCAGGAGCUGGCCAGGCUGGCUGGUGCUCUGCCUGGCUUGAUUUGGAUUAUGGUUCCUGGACACUGAAGGCCCCAAGGUGUGCCCACCUGUGUAGAGGUCUUUGUAGGGUCUCAGAGGAGCAGACUGGGGCUGGCAUUGGAGCAGAGGUCCAAGCCCUGUUGCCUACAGUUUUAGAGUCACCAUGGGCUGGUCCUCCAGAGCAGUUUGGAGGGGACCUAUAUAUACAUGGUAGAGCUGUCUCUGGGGACACCAGGUUGUUGCCCUCUGCCACUGCCCUUUAAUUUCCCCCACUUCUGAUACUGGGCUCUGUGUGGGGCAUGGUGGGCCCCGGGCUGGAAUCACGUGCUGCACAGUGCAGGAAGCACCGGGUCUCCCCCGAGUGGAGCAGCUCUGGUUUCUCCGACUCUAGCUGUACACCUCCUGCAGCAGAGCCUCCUCCUGUGCUGGGCCGUGGAUGUGCCUGCUGUGUGUGAGGAGCUGGAUGGGAGCCCUGGGGCUCUGCCGGGGAGAGAAGAGGAGGGAAGCUGCAGUGCAGACAGAAGGCCUUUGUUCUGAAGGCUGCUGGGCACUGGGCAAGCUCAGGUCUCACAAAGCAGCUUGUGUCCAGGACGUGCCCACAGCCUGGUGGGAUGGCUCUCUCCUAGCCCAGGCUUCUAGCCGGUGGGCCCAAGCGGGUCCCGUGGUUUCUAACACUGCCUUCCUUCCUAUCCCUAGCUCCAAACACUGACCAGACACUGGGCAGGUGGUAGGUUCCACUAGGCAACCUCUAGCCUCCUGCUAACUCAGGCCUGAGGCCACUAUCCAACUCUGGGCACCCUGGACCCUCUGCUAGAACAUUCUCUCAUGGGGUUUUCCUGCUUGCCUAAUGUCGUAUGGUUAGGGUGAUAGUUCUGAUACAGGUGCCCUCUGGCCUUGAGGCAGGGCACCAUGCUGUUUGUUCCAGUGACUGUUCCUAGCAUGUUUCUGGAAGACCAGUGUCUAACAGGUCCUUCCUGACUUUCAUGAUGUAGCUCCUAGAGUCUGUGGAACCUCCUGCCUGUUGCUGAGCCUCUGCUGUCCCUCCUGGCCUGCAGCCCCUGUCCGUGCUAACACUUGCUUAGCUCUUCUUGCUGCUUCCACCUGUGGGUUCCAGCUCUGGUCCAGGACACAUGGGAAGUUGGCUCCUUGUGACAGUGAUAUGAGCUAUAAACAGGUCCAGUUAUGCUCCCUGCCUCUGAAAACUGCCCUGCUGUAGGACUUCCAGUGGCCCUUUGGAGCUUGACCUUAAAAAAUCUAAAUGCAGGGCUGGAGAGAUGGCUCAGAGGUUAAGAGCAUUGCCUGCUCUUCCAAAGGUCCUGAGUUCAAUUCCCAGCAACCACAUGGUGGCUCACAACCACCUGUAAUAAGGUCUGGUGCCUUCU